CUCCGAAUAUACGGAGAAGAAGAGGUGAGAAAAAUUCUACACUUGAAAUGAUCCCAGUAAUCGCUGAGAUUUCGGACGUUGAAAUUCUCCGUUGUUGAUGUGGAUUUUUUAUUUCGAAGUUUUUGAAAAAUGUCUCUUGAUUUAACCCUGGAUGCUGGCGAGGAGAUGCGUUUCCUGAACAAGGUCAGCCGACUGGUUCGGCGGUUGGAGAAGAAAACCCACUUCACCCACCGAGAGUUGGAGGUUUGUCUGUUGAUCUACUACAAACUGGCCAAGGACGAGGAGGACAACAAAGGACUUGUUUCGCGGCAUCAACUGGAUGUGCUGUUUGACAGUGCUUUCGGGAUAUCCGACAGCGAAACGGUUGGGAGGAUUUGUACUGCACUGGAUAAAGGUGUGACGGCAUUUAUGAGUAUGGAAUCCUGGGUCAGAAUGUUGUCAUUGUUCUUGAAAGGGACGUUCGAUGAGAAGAUCGAGCACUGUUUCCGAGCUUACGACAUCGGCGGGGAGGAAAUGCUCCGAAGAGAACACAUGAUGGUGUUGUUGAGAAGCUGCUUCAUCAAACAUCAAGCAGAGGAAGUGGAAGAGUCGGUCAAGGACAUGGUGGAAAUCCUUAUCCGUCGAAUGGACAUCGAUCGGGAUGGAGCCAUAUCUUUGGAUGACUUCCGACAAGCUGUUCACAAAUCUCCAGAACUGUUGGAGUGUUUCGGACAAGCACUGCCAGAUCGGGCUCACGUGUACGCCUUCUCCAAAACAUUCCUGGACCAGUCGGCCGAGUUCUGACUCAUUCCGCCCCAUCAACAGUUACGUAAGCGAAAAACCCAUAAAAAUGCAAUAAAACCGUAAAUAUUUUGACUUCCCCAAAAGUUUUUUCCUUAAUUAAUCCAAGC